AUGGGUGUCUUCGGGAAAAAGAAGGAGACGGAGCUUGCUGUUGGUUCAGCACUCGCAGCUGUCCUUCCAGCGAACCCAAAACCAUGGUACCGAACAUCGCACUUGCUUAAACUGAAUCUCUGCCUACUUGUUCCCCUGUUUUCUUCCGCUUCAGUUGGCUAUGAUGGCUCGAUGAUGAACGGCCUCCAAACCCUUCCUCAAUGGCGUGGGUUCUUUGGAAACCCCGAGGGCGCGGUCCUUGGUCUCAUGAAUGCGGUCUACCCGCUCGGCAAAGUCGUUGCUCUGUUCUUUGUCACCUAUAUCUCUGAUCGCUGGGGCCGCAAGCUGCCUCUCGGCAUUGGAUUGGUAGCUUGUAUCGGAUUUGCUAUCCUCCAGGGAUUAUCUCCCUCUUUGGCAAGCUUUGUUACCGCAAGAGCUCUCCUCGGCUUUUUCACCACCUUCAUCAGCCAGCCAAGCCCCAUCAUCAUCACAGAGUUGGCCUACCCGCCCCAGCGAGGCAAGGUCACGGCACUUUACAACACUUUCUUCUACUUCGGAUCUAUUUUUGCUGCGUGGUGCACAUACGGAACCUUCAAGAAUCCUACAGCGUGGAGCUGGAGAAUUCCAUCUCUGUUGCAAGGCGCCAUUCCGGUUAUUCAGCUGCUCGGCCUCUUCUUCCUUCCAGAGUCCCCUCGCUGGCUCAUGAGCCGUGGCCGCAAAGACGAAGCCCGGAAGGUCUUUGCAGACUACCAUGCGGGCGGAGAUUUAAACAACCCUCUCGUCGAAUUCGAAAUGCGCGAAGUCGAGCAAACCCUCAACGCCGAAGCUGAAGCCAUGUCGCAAUCCUCCUGGAUGGAGCUUGUCCGAACCCCUGCGAACCGCAAGAGAACCCUCCUUGCAGUGAUCGUCGGCUUCUUUAGUCAAUGGAACGGUGUGGCUGUGGUUUCUUACUACUUGACGCUUGUCCUCAACACGAUCGGCAUAACGGAGGUUAAGGAUCAGACUCUCAUCAACGGUCUGCUGCAAAUUUUCAACUGGAUCAUUUCGACUUUCCUCGGAGCCCUCAUGGUGGAUCGUCUCGGACGCCGCCCAUUGUUCCUCAUUUCCACAGGAGGCAUGCUUGCCAGCUAUAUCAUUUGGACCGGCCUGACGUCCUACUUCGUGACGAGCAAAAACGAGGCGACUGGAAGAGCUGUUGUGGGAUUCAUCUUCAUCUUCUACUUCUUCUACGAUAUUGCGUGGACGCCACUCUUGCAAGCAUACCCGGUCGAAAUCUUCCCCUAUACUCUACGUGGUCGUGGUCUCUCGGUUACGUACAUCACCGCGUUUACUGGUCUCAUCAUUGGCAACCAGGUCAACCCAAUCGCGAUGAAGUCGAUAGCUUGGAAGUACUACAUCGUGUUUUGCUGUAUUCUCGGGCUGUUGCUGGGCCUUAUUUGGUUCUUGUUCCCCGAGACCAAGGGCCACACGCUCGAGGAAAUCAGAGAGGUCUUCGAGGGCAAGCCUGAGGGCAAGGAGAAGGAUAUCGAGGGAGCGGAUGUCGAUGAGGUGACGAAGGAGGGAAGACAAAGCGAGGAAAUCACAAUGGCUGACUACGUAAACGACAAGGCUCCGAGAGACGAGCGCAAGGGUCAUGAGAACAAUGACAAGGGCAAUCGCAGAGAGGAGAGCGCCCUGGACGAUGGCCAGGACAAGAAUCCUGGAGACGACGAAAAGCAUGUCACUGCAGAGGAGAUGAAUGCCCAGAUUUCCAAAGCUAUCAACAGAUUCCCUUUCAACGGCGCGCCUCGAACACGCCAUGCUCUCUUCCUCCUCCAGACGCUCAACAGGAAUGACUCCAGGGGCAGGUAUAUUAAGCUGUAUUCACAGCAGCGGAUACUGCAGCACCUCGUCAACUAUGAAGUCCCAAGUCGCGAGAAAAUGAUGGUCGGUUGUGACCGUCACGAGAACUAUCUCUGGUACGCGGCAAUCUUGCUUCACGUCAAGGACAUCGACAGUGGCAACCAAGAGCCUCAAAACCUUACUCCGCAAUGGAAGAACAGCAGUCAUGUCUUGCCGAUGGUACUUCGUCUUCGCGACAUCCUGAGCGGUUCCAACAGUCCUCACCCAACGAGGUUCCCCAAAGCUGCAGAAUCUGGCAACAAGACUGACGAGGCCGGAAAGCUCAAAGCAGCCAAAAGAGCACGCGAGAAGGACGACCAAACCAAGCCGCCCGCCAAGAAGGCACGUUGCUCGGAAGCACAAGCUAGAGACAUGACGGCGAAGGAUGAAGAGGAGGACGAGAGACUCGAGCUCGAGGCUGCUCGGCGGGAGUCUGGCAUGAGUGCCAUCGCCCGCCCAGCCCUGCCCCCACUGUACGCAGGCCCCAGGAACUCUGUCGGAAACAACGCUCAGCCUCAGACCACCGGCCUCAUUCAGCCGCCGCGCUACGUGAACCCUCAGGUCCUUCAACUCAACGGUCUUCGGCCUGCCAACGUCCUCCGCCAGUCCAACAACGGCCCUCGGUCUAUGCAACACGACCUUGGAAUCUACGAUAAUGCCCAAGAACUCUCUGCCCACGAUCCGUUCUUUGGCUUCACACCGGCUUCCCUCAACCAAGCUGGCGCCAUCCAAGAGUUCGACGGCUCUCUGUACGGCUUCUACCAACAGCCUCAUGCCCAGCACAGUUACGUCGCCACUGCCUCGGAUGCUGCUCGUUUGACGAGAUCUGGCGCCCUGCACUACGGACCCGAGAUCGUUGCAAGCUCUCAGUCAGGUUCUGAGCCUGUCCGGUACUUAGGCGAUCUACGACCAAGCCAUGCCGGCGUUUCUGCAAGCAUCCCUUUCCACGACCAUGAUCAGACUGCGAUGGACUUCACCGACGGCUCCUCGCAGCAAGUAGGAGAAGAUACACCUUCCCUUCCCAACCCAGUCAACGGAGAGGACCCUACGAUCACCUUCUCCUACUCUCCCGGCACCGAAAAGAUCUUUGAUGAUUUCUUCGACUACCCAAAGUACAGAGAUGACCAUGCUGGCCGCUAA